AUGUUUCGUUUUUAUGUUUUAUUAUUUUCGUUACAAUUAAUAUUCUUAGUAGAAUGCGGUAGACAAUUUCGAUUAGGACGAAGCAAAGGUGGGAAUUUAGGAGAACCGGCCGGCGUCGAACAUCAAAAUUUGCCCCCUGCACAGUGGUUUACGCAAAAAUUAGACCAUUUUAGACCUACGGAUAAGAGAACUUGGAAACAACGCUAUUUUGUUAACGAAAGUUUUUAUGAUUUUAAUAAUCCUGGACCUGUAUUUUUGAUGAUUGGUGGAGAAGGCACUGCAAGUCCAAAAUGGAUGGUGAAAGGUACUUGGAUCGAUUACGCAAAAAGAUUCAAAGCCCUGUGUAUUCAAUUAGAACAUCGUUACUAUGGAGAAAGUCAUCCUUUAGAGGAUCUCAGUACAAAAAAUUUGCAAUAUUUAUCAUCAAAUCAGGCACUUGCUGAUUUAGCAUACUUUAUAAGUUCUAUGAAUGACAAAUACAAGUUUAAUAAGGAAGUAAAAUGGGUGGCAUUUGGUGGGUCAUACCCUGGAUCUUUAGCUGCUUGGCUCAGACUUAAAUAUCCUCAUUUGGUUCAUGCAGCAGUUUCUUCAAGUGGUCCUCUCCUUGCCAAGGUUAAUUUUAUGGAAUAUUUUCAAGUUGUUAUAAAUGCAUUAGAAGAAAAAACAGGGGAUUCCAAUUGUGUCUCUGAAUUGAAAAGAGCACAUCAACAGAUUGAAGAAAAAAUGAAAACCGAUCCAGUUACUAUUGAAAAAGAAUUUAAGGUAUGCAAACCAUUUCACAAAGCAACAGAGAAUGACAUUAAAAACUUCUACAAUUCAAUUGCUGAUGACUUUGCUGAUCUCGUUCAAUACAACGAAGAUAAUAGAAUGAGUGCUGACCUUAAAUACAAAAAUAUUACAAUAAAUACGGUAUGCAAAAUGAUAACAGAAUCCAACACUCCAGCUUAUAAAAAAUUGGCGGCAUUCAAUUCUAUAGUGUUGGAAAAGUCAAAUCAAACCUGUCUGGAUUACAGCUAUAAUAGUAUGAUUGAAGAAUUGAGAAACAUCACAUGGGGAUCAGAGGGAGGAUGGGUACACACAUACUCGUUUGUACAAGGUCUCCUUAGCUUUAGCUCAUGCCAGCUAGUAUUUCACUUGGACGGC